AAAAGAUCAUCUGCAUCUGCAAUAAAUCGAAUUAUGGCAUCAGCGGGAUCGGUCGAGAGGAUCAUUAGGAAAAAGAUGGCGUCGCUUUUAGACGCGGCACGGGGACAGGAGAAACGCAGAUGGCCUUCGUGGGCAGCGCUUCGAACGCCGAGCGUUUCAGAAGUCUCUUUUGAUGUUGUCAACAAGAUAGGCGCGCGCUUCUCAACUCGCGGCACAAAACCGCCCCAUAAGCAGAAGCUUAGCAAAGAAUGCGAUCUUACGGGUAGUGAAG